CCCGCGUCUCGGUACGUCACUUUCUCGUUUGUGCAGUUGUUCUGACAGCGGAGCGUUUAUGCUGAAUUGCACUUGAACAGCGGCAGAAAAAACAAAGAUGACUGCUCGGAUUAUGCAAGCGGCUCGAUGCCCGACAGACGAGCUGUCGCUGACCAACUGUGCCGUCAUCAACGAGAAGGAGCCGCAGUUCGAACAACACGUGACCGUCCGCAAUUUAACCCACAAGUACGUGUUCACCUUGAAGACGCAUCCCAGUGUUAACUCUGGGACCAUUGCCUUCAGCCUGCCACAGAGAAAGUGGGCCGGCCUCUCGAUUGGACAAGAGGUUGAAGUCACAAACUACAAGUUCGACAAGUCCAAACAGUGUGUGAGCACCAUGACGGUGGAGAUUGACUUCCUGCAGAAGAAGAAUGUGGACAGUAACCCCUACGACUCAGACAGCAUGGCCAGCGAGUUCAUCCAGCACUUCAACAACCAGGCCUUCAGCGUCGGCCAGCAGCUUGUGUUCAGUUUCUGUGAUAAGCUGUUUGGCUUGCUGAUAAAGGAUAUUGAGGCCAUGGACCCCAGCAUCCUAAAGGGAGAACAUGCCUCUGGCAAGAAGCAGAAGAUUGAAAUCGGUCUGUUGCUGGGCAACAGUCAGGUGAUCUUUGAGAAGUCAGAGAGCUCAUCCAUGACUCUGGUUGGGAAAUCCAAGACCCGAGAGUCUCGCCAGUCCAUCAUCAGCCCAGACUGGAACUUUGAGAAGAUGGGUAUUGGCGGCCUUGACAAGGAGUUUUCCGACAUUUUCCGCAGAGCCUUCGCCUCCAGAGUCUUCCCUCCAGACAUAGUAGAACAGAUGGGCUGUAAGCAUGUGAAGGGGAUCCUGCUGUACGGACCCCCCGGGUGCGGUAAAACCCUGAUGGCGCGGCAGAUCGGCAAGAUGCUCAAGGCCCGCGAGCCAAAGAUCGUCAACGGCCCAGAGAUUCUCAACAAGUACGUCGGCGAGUCCGAGGCCAACAUCAGGAAGCUGUUCGCGGACGCGGAGGACGAGCAGAAGAGGCUCGGCGCCAACAGUGGCCUUCACAUCAUCAUAUUUGAUGAGAUCGAUGCGAUCUGUAAACAGCGCGGCAGCAUGGCGGGCAGCACGGGGGUCCACGACACCGUGGUCAACCAGCUGCUGUCCAAGAUCGACGGCGUGGAGCAGCUCAACAACAUCCUGGUCAUCGGUAUGACCAACAGGCCCGACCUGAUCGACGAGGCCUUGUUGAGGCCGGGCAGACUGGAGGUGAAGAUGGAGAUCGGGUUACCAGAUGAAAAGGGACGGAUUCAGAUCCUCCACAUCCACACGGCAAAGAUGCGUCUGCACGACCUGCUGUCCGCCGACGUGGACAUCAAGGAGCUGGCCGUGGAGACGAAGAACUACAGCGGCGCCGAGCUGGAGGGCCUGGUCAGGGCUGCGCAGUCCACUGCCAUGAACAGACAUAUCAAGGCCAGUAACACAGUGGAGGUGAACAUCGAGACGGCAGAGAAGCUGCGCGUCAGCAGACUGGACUUCAUGGCCUCGCUGAACAACGACAUCAAACCUGCGUUCGGCACCAAUCAGGAGGACUACGCCAGCUACAUCAUGAACGGGAUAAUCCGAUGGGGCGACCCGGUGUCGGCGGUCCUAGAGGACGGCGAGCUGCUGGUGCAGCAGACGAAGAACAGCGACCGCACGCCGCUGGUGUCCGUGCUGCUGGAGGGCCCACCUAACAGUGGGAAAACAGCGCUGGCUGCUAAGAUCUCUGAAGACUCCCAGUUCCCCUUUAUCAAGAUCUGCUCCCCCGACAAGAUGAUCGGACACUCCGAGAUCGCCAAAUGCCAGGCCAUCAAAAAGAUAUUUGAAGAUGCCUACAAGUCCCAGCUGAGCUGCGUGGUCGUGGAUGACAUUGAGCGUCUGCUAGACUACGUCCCGAUCGGCCCCCGUUUCUCCAACCUGGUGUUGCAAGCGUUGCUGGUGCUGCUGAAGAAACCUCCUCCGAAGGGUCGUAAGCUGCUGAUCAUCGGCACCACCAGUCGUAAAGACGUCCUCCAGGAAAUGGAGAUGUUGGAUGCUUUCAGCACAACCAUCCACAUUCCCAACAUCUCGAGGGGGGAGCAGCUGGUGGAGGCCCUGGAGCUGCUGGGCAGUUUCCAGGACGUAGAACGAGCCAGCAUAGCUAAAGCUGUGAAGGGCCAGAGUCUGUGGAUCGGCAUAAAAAAGCUGCUCAUGCUGAUUGAAAUGUCCGUGCAGAUGGAUCCUGGCUACAGAGUUAGCAAGUUCCUGAGUCUACUGAAGGACGAAGGAGCGCUGGGCUCUGAUAAGUUUGUGGCCAUCUAGAUGCAGCCACAUAGUGAGAGGAGGCCUCUUCAACGUUGCUGAGGAACGGAAGCCUGAAAGAGGCUGGCAGGAGGAAGCGAGCGAGAGAUAGUUUCCAUCUCUCCCUCUGCAUCCUUCCCUCCCCACCCCUGAAGCUCGGUGCGCUUCUCUCUGCACUGCAGCUUUCUGCAGCAGCGACCGGCCCGGCGGCCUCCUCCUCUUCAGCACUAUGUGAACAUGUAAAAAAACAGACUGUAUCCGUGUGUGCUGCAUUUCCUGAAGACUGUAAUCUCCGUGUGACGCCCCCCCGCAGCACUCCUCUGGGAUUUUACACAGAAAAGAGGCAGACGAUGCGUUUCCAUGGCAGGUAGAUGUGCAUGCACCAACACUAAUCGUAACGCUGGUUUAUACAGGCUGAUAUGUUUGCACACAUCUGUGAUCUGAUCAUUCCAGGACACGGUGCCUCCACGACUCACAGCUCUCUCUGCUCUCAUCAUGUUGUAUACUUGCCUGUUUCUGACCUUUUUAUUGUCUCAAUAAAUUAAUUCUAUUACUAAC